CAGCGAAUUGUUAUUUAAAUGACUUUUUACAUAUGAUGUAUACGCCAAUUGUUGAAAAUGAACUGAAGUUGAUAUACGACGCUGUACUUGCGACGUCUUGGCAAAUACACCAAACUUUUCAUGAAAACAAUGAAUUUCACCUGGACAUUCCUCUCAUUCAUUUUGCCUAUUCCAUGAUUCAAUCACGUUUGCUGAAUUUCUCUGAACUUGUUCAUGCAUUUCCUCAAGUGGUAGAAAAACUUAUGGCGUCUCCAUUACGAAUUAUAGAUUCAGAAUUGUGCCUAGAUGCAGUGGCUCUUCAGUGCUGUCUAGAAGAACUGGAGCCUAAUUUAAAUGAUUUUACGAGUCUUCGUAAACGAAAGACGUGGUGUAAUCAAGUUCAAUGUCUACGUCCAAUCAUUCAGGUUAUGAAAGCGUCAAUAACGGACAGUGGGAACUCAAAAAAUGUUGUUCCUCUUUUGCCAAAAAAAUCUGAGCAGAUUUUGAAAGUUUGUUGGAUCAUGUUCACACGUUUGGAUGUUGUACGUAUGUUUAUUGAACACACUUGUCCACCUGAGGAUUUGAAUCAUACUGAUGAUGGUCGUAAUGCUUUGAAAUUGUUAAAGGCAUUGGGUGAAAGUCCCGACUUAACCUCACUACGUACUAUCGUUGUUAUUGAAAGAUUUUUGAAAGACUGCAGUAAAGAUUUGCAUAAACGAAUUGUCAAAUUUGAUGACGAAUGCGCCAUUUGCAAGAGAUCACUUCAAGAUCCUGUACAGCUACCAUGUCAUCACGUGUUUUGUUUAUCAUGCAUAACCAAUUGGCUUAACGAUCAUGACGUAUGUCCUGCAUGUAGACACGAUGUUGGCAAUGAUUUUCAAUUGCAAAUUAAUGAAACAAUAAGGCUUUCGUUAGAGUUGUGGAGAAGUUUUCGUAAUCGUUGCAAAUCCUUUUUCAUGAAUGUUGUCUCUGUUUAUUGCUUUGGUGAUGACUUACCACAAGAUGAACUUGUAAAACACUUCAUUGCUUAUGUGAUAAACGAUGAAGAAUUCACAGAAGAUUUUUCUCCUUUCGACGGUCACAGCAUUGAUGUCACUCCAGCUAUAAGAUCAUAUAUUUUACAACAACUUCUUUCAAUCAAAGGAAGGGAAAAAGAAGUUUGUACGUAUUUGGAAGAAUAUCUCUGUCGUGCUCAAGGUUUAUCUACCAACAAGGAACAUUUGAUGAACGUUUGCGUGUUGUUUGUUCAUUGUAUCGAGGAUGUUGAAACAGGGAAAUUAUUAAAAGCAAAACAAACUGAAGACAGUGUUGAAAUCAACAUGUUGUGCAGAAUCCUUGAUAGAACACUGAGAAAUUUUCGUACCUACAAAAACCUGGACAUUAACAGCCUUAAAGAUGUUGCUGCAAUUCGGGCUGCGUUUAGUAAACUUCCUACAUAUUUCAAUGACGAUCUGUCCGAAAACUUAAAGAGCAAUGCGGAACUUAGAAAAUGCAUCCAAGCAGCUAAACAUUUAUGUGAGAAUGAAUAUGCUCUUCAGUUAUUCCUACUAAAACAGUUGGUCCAUAAUGAUGAAAAUGGUUUCGAUGGAGUUAAAGAAAGAUGUAAGAUCAAAGAAUUGAAAUGGAUUUUGCCUCCACAAUCUGAGGAGCGUGACAAAAGACCAGACAGUUUCAUGGUCCAUCACGACAAUUAUCAUACAGUACGAGAAGCUAUUGGCAAAGCAAUAAUAACAUCAAAUUAUGAAGAAACACAGUUGAUCUUGAGAAACAUGUCCUGUGAUGAUCGUGCCCAGUCCUGUUAUAUUUUACUUGCAAUUUAUUGCGAAGUAAUGACCAAAUUUUCCACUGAAAACGAAGAAGAUCGGAUUCUUUCAAAGAUUGUGGAACAACUCGAUGAAUGUCUUACUGGAUGUCAGGUUUUGGCAACUCAGCUACCUCUUGCGAAGAAUCUCUUGGUGAAUUUUGACAACCGUUCUCAUCAGCAAUUACUUCAGCUACACAGUGGCCAAACUUUAAAUGAUAGGCGUUUAAAUGAAAUCUUGAUUCAUUUCCUUGUUGUUACGAGUUGCUUUCCAAAUAAUCAACUUUUGACUCCCUUCUCAAAUCUUGCAUUCAAUCCAGGAUCAAUGAGGAGUGCGUUCAUUCCCACCAUGCCUCAAGAUGAUAGUCCCGAGGUCAUGGGCGUUACCCAAGGCACGUGGUAUGAAUGCAUUAACGGACAUCGUUAUGUCAUCACUGAGUGUGGACGUCCAAACCAAGCGUAUAAUUGCCCAACCUGUGGUGUUCCUAUUGGAGGUUCAAAUCAUCAGCUAGCAGCUAAUAAUAGACAGGCGUCGAGGGUAGAUCGAAGUAGUACUGGUCACAUUCUAGGACGUGCACAGGAUAAACCUCCAAGUGCACAAAGAAAUUUGAACCCAUUAUCGUGUUGUGUUUUACGUUGUUUGACACAUGUGGCUAUGUUGUUAGGAACAACUCCCGAUCAAAUUCAGAAUAUUUCAGCUAUUAUCAAACCACCUGUUAAUAACGUUGUUCAAUUCAUAAAAGAUCAUAUAGAAAAUGAUCUACGUUGCAUUGCAAGAUUUGUUGGUACAAAUAUUGAACAAGCUGCUAUGAUCAUCCAUCUGAUUUUUGUAGAAAUCGUAAAAAAUAAUCAUGGAAAUAUCAAUGCUUUUCAAACUGAUUUGCGCAGUAAAGUGUCAAGACAAGCUUGGGAAGAUGCAUUUAUGAUUACCUACCUUAAUCCUGUUCUAUCGGUUGUUUCUCAGUUGUUGCAAGAUGCCUUAGGUAAAAUGGUCAGCGAUGAACGACUGGGAAAUAAUCGGCUAAUGAAAUUGAUCAACGAAUUAGAUGAACCAAGCUCCAAUGUCGUUACAAAACUCGAUCCUUCAUGUCCAGCACUUUGGAGAAAUCGUAAGAAAAUCACAAUUGAACAUUUGUCCUUCAAAUACCAAGAAUAUUCUCAAGGUGUCACAGUGCCAACAGACAAGUGUGAAGUACUUGAUGAAUUUUUAAAAAAGGAAUGUCAUCUUCGUGCCUUACAGUAUCUUCCGGAUAUUAUAAAGUUGCAACGUUUUCUUUUUGAAAAGUUUCAUCGUUGCUUAGAUCGAAACGAAGCUGAAAAAUACACCAUUGGAGACUUAUAUAAAAGAGCCCCUGACAUAAAACAGCAUGUGAAGUCAUUAAUCAACAGUUUCAAUAUGGCUUGGAAAAUCAUUAGAUCAUCUAUUCCACAAGAUGGUCAUUACGGAAUUUCAAAAGAAAUUAGAGAGAACGAAGUUAUCAACGCUACUCCAAUUUCGAUGUUAUUGCCUUCUUGGAAAGGAUUUGGAAAGUGUUCUUUGGCAUUGACAAAUUUUAUGGUGUCUUUACAUAACAAUUUUAUUGGACUAUGUAAAAGCUUGUUGAAGGACGAUAAAAAUUCAGAGGAGCUAUCGCUGUUAAACGUUACUAAGGGGCAUUUGGUUGCCUAUGAUCCAGAGAGAGAUUUUUUGCCGAUGGUCCUGGCUCACUGUGAUUAUUCACUAAAAGUUGGUGAAGGAGGUGAAGAAACAGUUGUGAAGUUCAACUGGAAAUCUUUAGAAAGACAACUUGUCGACAGAUUUAUUCGAGGAAAACCUAGAAUUACAUCUUUGGUUGAAUUAUUUGUGUUCAGCAAAGAUAUUUGUGAUGGAGCUGUUUUUAAAGCGUUGAAUCAAAAGAUCCCUCAGAUUAAACUUAGUCGACCAGUGAAAGAUCAGAUCUUGAGUGAACUGAACCAACUCACUGAUGUUUGUGACGUUCUUAAAUCUCUCCACAAUGUCAUUGGUUUCUUAUCGUCUGCUGGAGGAAAUCCAGGAAUGCUUAUCAGUGAAUAUAUGAAAUCAGCAUUGAAAAUUGAUCCUAGAAACGGUUUAAAAAGUGGCAAGGCAGAGCAGAUUUGUCAGCUUCAACAUGUUGUUGCGCUUUGGAAAUUGUUAUCAUUAGAAAGAGCAAAAAUAUUGACUAGACGUAAACAGGAACCAUUUGACGAUGUAACAGAUAAGAUAAAGACAGCACUGACAAGGGAAAUAAAGUUUGAAUUAAGUCGUGGUUUACAGAAAAUCAAAAUUGAUCGUUUCGUUGAUGAAUUGUUGCAACUUAUUUUACUCUUUUUGAAAAAUGCACAAGACGAACAGUUGCACUGGCCUUUAGCAGAGUACAUCAAUGCAAAGCUUGAACAAGAUGGUUGUGAAAUUAUUAAAGAUCUUGAGGAGAGUUUACCUGAUGAAGUUACUGUUGCACAUGCUGUUGAAGCUUGGAAGCUUGCAUGUCAGAAAAGUGAUGAUCACAAUUCAAAAAUGUAUUGAUUUAGUCGACAAUUUUUUUAUUAAUGACGAUAAGUUGCUUGAAAUUCUCUAACUUGAUAAUGCGCAUUUAAUUUUCAGAAAGAUUUUUUGGAAGAUAUAUAGGUACUUUUUAAAUCAGUUUACAAAAAUCUCGUUAUAAAAUUACAUCAAAAACAGAAAACAGUUGUCAUUUAAUUAGAAAACAUUUGAGAACAUCAGUAAGUAGUUAAAAACAAUAUAUCAUAAUUUCUAUCUUCUUUAACCCAGCAGCAAUGUGCAUGUGUGACGUUUAAAUACUGCAUGAAUGAAAAUGUUCGUUAUUCUAACCAAUGUAUCGUUAAAAAAAGUUUAAAUC